CGUGUCGCUGGGUUUCCAGGAACCGGUUUGACUAAAGGCAGCAAGCUGCUUCCUCUGGUGCCUGAGAUACCAGGGACACAUUGGAUGCAAGAAAUUUUAGACAUGAUUCAAAAUGAUGGCGAUGUGGAGAAAUGCAAAAGAGUCCCUUCUCUACAUAGACAUCCUUUCCUUGAACUGAAAUUUCCCCAUAAAGAAAAAUCAGAUUUGGAGAUUGCUCUUCAAAUGUCCUCACCAAGACUGAUAAAAACACAUCUCCCUUCACAUCUGAUUCCACCGUCUAUCUGGAAAGAAAACUGCAAGAUUGUCUAUGUGGCCAGAAAUCCCAAGGAUUGCCUGGUGUCCUACUACCACUUUCAUAGGAUGGCUUCCUUUGUGCCUGAUCCUCAGAAUUUAGAAGAAUUUUAUGAGAAAUUCAUAUCAGGAAAAGUUGCUUAUGGGUCCUGGUUUGACCAUGUGAAAGGAUGGUGGGCUGCAAAAGACACGGACCAGAUCCUCUAUCUCUUCUAUGAGGAUAUUAAAAAGAAUCCAAAACAGGAGAUCCACAAGGUGUUGGAAUUCUUGGAGAAAACUUUGUCAGAUGAUGUUAUAAACAAGAUCAUCCACCAUACCUCAUUUGAUGUAAUGAAGUAUAAUCCAAUGGCCAACCAAACUGCGAUACCGUCUCACAUAUUCAAUCACUCCAUCUCAAAAUUCAUGAGGAAAGGGAGGCCUGGAGACUGGAAGAACCAUUUUACUGUGGCUAUGAACGAGAACUUUGAUAAGCAUUAUGAGAAGAAGAUGGCAGGGUCCACACUGAACUUCUGCCUAGAGAUCUGA